UCCAUUGUUCCUCACAGUUAAUUGCAAUGUACAAAAUUUUAUUGAUUAUAGCUGUUUUUGCUUGUGCAAAGGUAAAGUUGGAAGUGCUGGUUGUAGAACUUCCGGCCGAAACUGGAAACACCCCCCAAGAAACAAUCAAAAAGAACAUUGAAAGAUACGCCAAACAUUUGGAAACAAUUCGACAUCACAUUGGGCGUGGUGUUAAUAUAGUUGUAUUUCCUGAAUACGGUUUGACCGGGUUGAAUCCCAAUGUUGAGGAGUCUGCUCAAUUUAUCCCUGACAUGUAUCAGUCACAUUCAGGCUUGCCAGACAACAUUAAACAAUUAAGCGAUUUGGCUAUUUCUUCUGGUGUUCAUUUAGUUGUAAAUAUGUUAGAAAUGGAUAAUUCAACAAAUACAAAAAGGUAUUACAACACUCUCGUUGUCUUUGACACUUAUGGAAGAAUUAUUGCAAAAGCAAGAAAAUUUAAUCUGACUCCAAAAGAAAAAAUGAAACUUACACCGGGUACCUCAGUAGCAACAUUUACUUUCUAUUUGUACCAGUUCUGUUUGCUGAUCGGAGAAGACAUUUUAACUCUCGAAGCAUUCAAUAAUGUCAAUACCUUCGCUGGAGUAAUAAUUUCUUCAUCUUGGCAAAAUACACUCCCAUCAAACUUGGCGACAAGCAUCGCAUACGGUUAUUUCAAAAGAACGAAAACCAAAGUCUUCUACUCGAACCUCAAUAAUCCUGAAGAGGGCAUCAGUGGAAGCGGAUUGUAUUCGGAAGAAAAGGUGGACGCAGAAAUGACUGGAACAAGUCGAACCAUAAUGAAAUACGGUCUAUACUUUCCUGGAAUGCUAUUCCCAUAUAAUUCAAAUCAACAUGAAAAAGCCAACGAAGAACUCACCACUUUGGGUAAAUCUGAAAGAUUUGCAAAUGAAGAUCCUAUUUCCGGAUUAAAACUGAUCACCCAACUACCAGAAACUGUUAAAAAGACACCAGCAAUAAAAAAUACCAUCAUUAACGAUUAUGGACGAUGUACAUUGGUGACCACCACCGAUUUAUCAACAGUUUAUCAAUUAAUUGCGUACGAAACCAUCGAACGAAUUGGUAGUCGUGAUUAUUUGUCGUAUUUUUGUGGGAUAAUUCCAACUGACACAAAUUUAAGAACGAAAACCAAUGUCACUUUGGAAAAAGUAACGAUCACAAUCCAACCAAAGACUACAGAGAAAAUUAUCACUUUGCCCAUAGUUGCCGAUUAUAACUUCUUACCUGCUGAUUUCAGCUACAACGUCAGUGAUGGUACUGUUGCAACAAUUCAAGACAAACGAGACAUUAUCGUGUUUGGCAUCAGAACUUUAAAACCGAUAACCAUUAUAAACAUUGGGACAGCAUCAAUUUUUGUGGCACCCACAAAAUCUGCUCAGCAAACCAUUAAGACGAAUAUUGAAAAGUACAGCCUGAGAUUAGAGAAAUCCAAGGGGGAAAAUUGGCACUGCGAUUUGUUGGUACUUCCGGAAUACGGUUUGACUGGCUUAAACCCUGAUCUUGAACACUCAGCACAAUUUUUACCCGAUAUAAAUGUUACCCCUAAUGAAUAUCAAGAUAAUAUAAAGGCCCUGAGCAACUUGGCAAUUAAAUAUAAAGUUAAUUUGGUGGUAAACCUUUUAGAAUUUGAGGCAAAAAAGUAUUACAAUGCUCUUGUGGUUUUCGAUAAACUUGGACGGUUAAAACAAAAGACACGUAAAAUAAAUUUGACACUAAAAGAAAGGGAACAACUCAGCCCCGGUACUGAAAUCAGAACUGUUGAAUUGAGUGGUUUAAAAUUAGCUUUAUUAAUUGGCGAAGACAUUUUAACACCAGAAGCUUCCAAAUUAGAAGACGUUGAUGGAGUUGUAGUUUCGUCAGCUUGGGGAAACGAACCUGAAGCAAACAAAAUCGCAGAUGAUUUCCACAAAAAGAAAAAAAUCCCAGUCUAUUUGUCAAACCUCUUCGACCCAAAUGAAAGGGUAACCGGGCCUCAGAACUAUUUUAGCGACGUUAUUCAAAGCAACUAUGUUAAUCAUGAGUUCAUUAAAUCGGAAAAUGGCUUCAUUGUUCCAAUUAAAAGAACCUCCAUUAGGGUACUACCAAGAAAUAACGUCAAACUUUUGGGAAGUUAUGUGUGUCAAAUAUUUACAUCCACCGACGUACCUUCAAUAUACCAGUUCGUAAUGGAAGAGACUAAGAGGACCGAACAAAAAAACGAUAUUAGCUACUUUUGCGGUUUGAAAAUCUAUAAUAAUCAAAUAAUAGACGUCACUUUAAGAUAUGUUAAAAUCGUGGUAUACGCAGUGAUGGACGAAAACAUCAAUAUACGUCCGAUCAGUUUCGAUUAUUUUUCACAACCUGUUAAUUAUAAAAAAUAUUUUAAAAAUCACUCUGUGUCGGUUGAAAUAGAGAAUAAAUCGAAUAUUUAUGCGUUUGGAAUUAGAAUUACUAAAAAUGGAUAACUAUGUUAUUACAAAUAUCCCAUUUAUUAAAAAAUAAUGUAGUAAUGUUCAUCUUACACAAAUAAAUAAAUU